UUGCGUUACACCUCCGUUAAAUGUUACUGGACUUAUGCCACUUGAAUUAUCUUUGGAUGGUGGUACCACAUACAAUUACACUGGCACUUUCAGAUCAAUUCCGAUCGGACGAAAUCCUCCAGAUAUCGAAGGGCUUGAAAUGAAGCGUUGGGUAAACUCAACAAAAACAGUUUUGACUUGGGAUAAAAAUGCCAUCAACGCGACCCACAUUGAUAUUGAAAUAUCGCAAUUUGAUACUUUUGAUUUCCGUCUUCACCAUGGGAGCUUGAAAACAUUUAAAAAGGUUCCAAACUCUGGAAAUUACGCCUUUGAUUUUGGCAAGGAUAGCAUUUCCUUGAAUGCAGAAGGGAGACGAAAACGAAGAAAUUCAAAUGCAGGAUCCGAGAUUGCAAUCGUCAGCAUAACGCCAUCGUUAACGAGAAAGAAACGAUUUUUGGGUAAAGUUUUUAAGUUUGUUGCAAGAAGCUUUAGUUUACCAUUUCUAAUAACUUCUUGGCUGGCAAAUGAGGUGUACUGCAGAACUUGGCAUGGAUUUCAAAACAGGGAUAAAAAUAAAAGAUUGCGAGAUGAGUUACCUCCAUGUCCUCCAAGGGUUGAACAGAUAGAAUUUGACGAUCGAUUCAAACCUGAUGAAGCAGGUUUUCUCAGCGGCUUUUUUCAUCCUGGAAGUACGUCUUGUUUCCGCUCAAGGGAAGCUAGUGCAUCAGGUGCAGGUCAACAAUGUUGUUAUAAAGGUGAUUCACUCUUGGUUGGACCUCCUGGCGGCGGUACAUUUGACAUUGUUUCCCCAGAAAGAAGUGUACUGGGCCAUUUAGGACGAGAUGUGCUACCUUGGUUCGCAUGCUGUGUAUUUUCUGUUUUCGACAACUGUGGUAAAUACUAUGAUGCAAGACCCUCUGAUGAUGGUUCAAGAUUCAUACCUCAACCAACUGCUGGCACAAGAGGUGAUCCUCAUUUAUCCACAUUUGACGGAACGUUCUACACAUUCAACGGUUAUGGUGAAUACGUCCUUCUCAAAGUCAGCAAUGGUUCGGAACUCGAGUUUCAAGGAAGAAUGGUACCCAUACUUGAUAACAAAGGAAGAACAACAAGAGCAACAGCCCUCACAGCAUUUGUCAUCAAGGGAGUAACGAGUGAUACUGUGCAGUUCGAGUUCAACAACCGGCGCAGCAUAGACGUGUUAGUCAAUGGUGAACGGGUCGAAUUUGACGAACAAACAAGAUUAGACUUCACUGGAGUCUUUAUUGUUAAACAAAAUGAGUCAAUAUUUAGAACAUACUCCACACCAGGAGUAGCUAUUGUGGUGACAUCUGUAGAAGAUUUUCUUACAUAUCAAAUUUCAGUACCAUCAAGAUUCAAAGGGAAAACUGCUGGUCUUCUUGGAUUUUGGAACGAUGACAAGGAUCAGGAAUUUUUAUUGCCUAAUGGCAGUUUUAUUGAUACAAAUUCAAGUUAUCGAACAAUUCACAAUGAAUUUGGCCAGAAAUGGAUUGUGGACAGGAACAAGACUCUUUUUACGUACCAUGUCGGGAAAAGUUACGAUAGUUUUUCAAAUCCCAACUUUAUUCCGGUCUUUCUUGACGAAACAAAAUCCUUGUUUUCCAAUGCUACUUUGGCGCAAAAAGCAAGGAGUAUAUGUGGGGAAAAUGAGGAAUGUUUGUUCGAUAUUGCUGUAACAGGUAAAACAGAUAUUGGUGAGGCGACGUUGCAAUCCUUUAAUGAAAUACAGAAAAGAAAAAAUGCGUCAAAACUUGUUGCCAAGCGUAUUUUCUAUGGUUGCGAUGGAGUCGAAAACAGUACGAAGAAAGUUGAUUUUUGUGGUGAUUGUGGAGGAGACAACUCAUCGUGCACAGAUUGUGAAGGUCGCAUCAAACCUGGUUUUCUUAACAAUGAAACAUGUGGUUCCUAUCAGCCCUGGAGCGAGUGGAGUACUUGCAUCGGCGAAGAUGAAAAGGGAACGAGAGAGCGAAAUCGAACAUGUUCGAAAAAAGGACAGUGUCUGCAAUUGGGUCAAAAUACGGAACAAGAAGAAUGCAAUGUUGACGACGAUAAAAAAGCGUUAAAGUUCUAUGCAGUUGUGAUUGGUAUUCCUGUUGUUGCUAUACUUCUCAUCAUUGUAUUUGCUGCAUUUUGUAAGCGCUGCUGUUUCAACAAGAAGCCAUCUUCUGCCUCAGGCAAUUCACAUGUUUCUAGUCAUCAUAAUAAUGCUUAUGGGCCUAGCUACAUAAAGUAGUUUAAAUGUUUUUGGUUCAUUUUUUCAGGUAGAAUAGCAUGCACUCUAUAUAAUUAAGUAUAAAACAAAAUCUUUUCUCCAUUAUGAUGCCUCUCUUUUGUCGAUACCUUUUAUGAGAGCUUAAAUUUUCUAGAAUAGGAAUAUAUCAACUUACACUGAACUUGCAUGUGCUUGUAUUCUAACAUAGGCGUAAAAAGACUAUUUUGCUGUGAAGUAUUUAACCAGUAAUUAAUUUUACAUAAAGAUAUGUGUGAGCAAUGAUAGAAUUUCUACGAAUGUAUUCCCUUCUUUACUACAAUUAAACGCAAUGUUAUAUCGCUUUUUUCCUGUUUUUCUACCUAUUUUCUAACAACUGUUAAAGGAAGUGAAUGAAAAUAAUAUAUUGCGAUUAUAAUUACCGAGAAGCUAGU